AGUGAGGUAAGGCCAGGAAAACGAAAAAAUUGUGUUUUUCAUCAACAAAGCGCAUAAAAACAGACGAUAGCAAAAUAGCGAUAUAACUAGCUGUGUAGAGCAGCAGCAACAGCGGCAUCGGAGGUGACUGGCAGAAGAAAUAUCAGCGGUGUCAGUUAUAGCUCAUAAGAAUUAUUCAAUUGGCAAUUCGUUGACGAAAAAGCUCUCCUCUUUGAAGCGUCUUAGAUUGGACAGUACUUGUAUAGUUGCCGAUAAAAACAGAAAUCUGAUUCCAUAUCGGAGGCAAUCGCCACUGUUUGCUAUUUUUGUUGUUGCUGCUGCACGCAAAGGCGAUCAACGACACGUAAGGUGAAAAAAUUUCAGAUUGACUUUGGCUGUACGAGGAAUGGGCAACGACACGAACGCUGCCCACAGACCCACAUCAGUGCAGCAAAAGUAAUAGCAUAAACAACGGUUAAUCGCAUUCCUUUGUCUGAUACCAAUGUGCACUCCGUUGGAAACUUUGUAAGCUGCCACAACCACCGGUUACCAAUUCUUUGCCCACACUCCUACGCAGCUCAUCAUCCUCACGAGCAAGCAGCUGUCACAACGCAUACACUGAAGGAAACAUAACAAAGAGCUGUUUUAGGGAUUGCCUAACAAACGCUUGCUCUUGUAUUCUGCAAAAAAAAAUUUAGAUGGAGACAACUGAUAUUUGUAAGACGCAUUUAAAGCGUUAAAAAAAUCCUUCAAAGUUUGAAACUACAAGCACUUAACCUACACACUCAUCCUCAAAACGCAUCGCAUCGAACGUACGUUCAUACAAACAUAUAACGAUAAAACUGAAUCCCAACGAAUGGGCGCAAAGGCAAGCACUCCGACAGCCAGCGGCCAAAGCCCACGUUCGCGUACCUUUUCCAGCAGUUCAACUGGAACCGAUGCGGCACAAGUCGCAUCUAAUAGUGGAUUGGGUCAUGCUCCGACUGGUGCCGAUGGCGGUCAAGGCUUCAACUUGUUGCGUACAUUGCCCAGCUUGCAGGUGCAACAUCACGUCCAAAGCUCCAGCAUCGACAGACAAAGGGCACGCAGUUUGAGUUCUGUGCCUGACAUUCACAAUCAACAACAUGGCACAACACAUUCCUCUUGUGCUGUAGGUAGUGGACCACACACACAUCCGGCAGUAGUCACGGCGCCUAGUAGCAAUGCAUUUGGUUUGUCCCCACAAGCGCACUCUUCAGCUGGUCCCAACUAUCUACAACAUCAGCAUUAUCCCCUUGGCGGUGAUGGUAUGGCUGGUGGUAGUAUUCGUAUGAGUGUACCCGUCAGCAGCAGUUCAUUUCACGACAACUCGCUCAUACUGAACGGAGGAAGCGGUGGUGGGAUUAAUACCGGCGGUCGUGGCAUAGGGAGCGGACCACAUUCGCAUACGUUGAAUUUUGAUGAUCUGCAAGACGCUUCAGGAGCGGGCACAAAUUUCGUCGAAAGCAUUGCAUUGGCGGCAUCCUCAUCUAGUGGCGCAAGCGGCAUUGGGCGCGUCUAUACAGCAACGUCACUGCCGUCACACAUUUGGUCAUUAAACGGUAUUAAGUGUCCAGUAUGUAACAAAUUUGUGUUGCCCGACGAUAUUGAAUGCCAUUUAGUUAUGUGCCUCACAAAGCCGCGACUGUCAUACAAUGAGGAUGUUUUAUCCGAUGCCAAGGGCGAAUGCGUAAUUUGCUUAGAAGAUUUGAAUCCCGGUGAUAUUAUAGCACGAUUGCCGUGCUUGUGUAUUUAUCAUAAAGGCUGCAUCGAUCGAUGGUUCGAGGUGAAUCGAUCUUGCCCCGAGCAUCCCGGCGACUAGUUAAACCUAACUAAUUUUAGAGAGGGUAAUGAAACGGAAUCAUAACUAAUCAAUGUAUUGAGUAAUAAUGAACCUAGUGAUAUAAUCUAUAUUCAGAAAAUAUUAAAAUAGAAAUUAGUUGUAAAUUCUUUUUUAUACUGUGACGUAAAAUUAGGUGAACAUAAUAAUAUAUAAACUUUAAAGGAAAAAACCAAAAAAAAAAACAAUGAGAACUUAAGGCAGAAAAACGAAAAAUUUAACAAAAGAAAAAUACAUAUAAAAAAUAAAGCAUUGUAAUAAAUGUAAACAUAAAAAAGCAUAAGAUUAAUUGUAUGUUUGUAAUUUCUGUGUGUCUUAUCGUUUAUGAAUUUAUAUAUAUGCAAUAGUUUUGUUGUGAUUUAAAUUGUAUUUUACAUACAAAUAUAUUAUGUGAAGUCGAGAUGUGUUAAGGGCAUGCGCAAACAUAUAUAAAUAAUUGACAGUAGUGAUGAUACCAACGCCAAUUUUACGACAACUCAACUUAAUUAAAAUCAACUCAACUCAACUGAACUCUAAAAGCUUAAACAGACGGCAGUUAAUUCCCGAGUUGAUCCGGAUCAACGCUGCCGUCUGUUUAUGCUUCUAUGCAGUCUAGUAUGCAACAGGAUAACUGUAGAACCAUGUUUUGUUCCACAAAACUUAACAAAACGGAACACCAACAACAGCAACAACAAUAACAACGAUUAAGUAUGAUUGACAGCAAGGAUGGAGGCGCGUAUAAACAACAGUCUACAAACAUUACAAAAAAAAAGGUGCUGCGCACUGCAGCCCAGUGUGCGUUAAUUAUUUCAUUGUGAUUGUCUAUAUUAAGUUUUUUGUAUGUGAUUAUUGCUCAUUUCACGUUAAUUGUUUUCGAUUUGGCUUAAAUUGUACACAAAAUACUUACAUACAUACAUGCAAACAAAAGCAAACAAAAAACUGUACACUCAAACAAAAAGAAAAUAAUUUUUAGAAUAGGAAAUGUUGUGAAUUGAGAUAUAAGAAACGUUUUUGUUAAGCCAAUAACUCCCCGCCGCAAUGAGAAAUUACAUACAAACACUCAUAAGAAAUACAGAAAAUUACGUGCGCAUACAUAUAUAAAGUUUAAAAAGAUGGUAUGUAUGUAUGUACGCGUGUGAGUCAAGUGAAGAUGCUGGAUGUCUGCACGUCAAAUGGAAGGGGUGGUGAGGUGGUGACGGCGCUGAAAGAGUAGUGAGUUAGGACGAUGAGACGGUAGUUGAAAGUACACUUUACUCAAAUGUCAAUAUCAUUUCGUAAAUAAAGAAUUAAAUAAUAAUAAUUAAAUAAAUAAAUAAGAAAUAAAAACUAAAAUCAACAAUGAAAAAGUAAGAAAAUACGCGUAUAAUUCUAUUGAUGAGGGUUAAAUAAAGUUUAGCUGGUACAUAUAAACUAUAUUUACAUAUAUACAUACAUACAUACAUACUUAGCUAUGCAAUUUAAGUUUACGCUCGAAAGAAAGGUCAUAAAAUGUCCACAAUUUAAACAAGCAGCAAAAAAGUAUAUUCAAUUCAACUGAACAUAAAAACAAUAACUAAAACUAAAUGCAACACACAAAUAGAAAUCACAAAAAUAGGAAAACUACAUAAAUGAUUAACAGAGAAGCAGUAGCGAAGUUAUCAUUCGAACAAGAUAUUACUGCGCAUUUCACUGUAGUUGCAUAUACAUGCAUAUAAACACAUAAUGCAUGGUAGAAAAGAAUCAAAAACAAAAAAUAGAGUAAGAAAAAUUAAUACAAGAAGGAUGUUAGAAAAUGAGAGGAUGUACGAAACAAACGUGAAUAUCUUGUCAAGCAUAUACCAAAUCAUUAUUAAGCGUAGCAGUUAAAAUUGUACAUACCACAUACAUACAUCAUAGCAUAGCAGCAUUCAUACACUAAAAUGCAUAUUUAUAUACACGAGCAGUGCAAGCAGAAGCGAAUCAGAAAUAAUUGAGAGUUAAAAAAAGGGUGCAUUCCAAAACGUCCAAAUACAAGGCAUCAGUCUCUUUUACUUCUAAACCUCGGUAGAUUUUCAUGCCAAAUGUGCGCAACCACGAUUAGAUGAAAGUUUUCAACAAGGUUGCAGAAGUUAGACUUUUUCUUUUAGUGCGGUUUAGAAAUAAAAAGAGACUCAUGCUCUGUAUUUUCACAUUUUGGAAUGCACCCAAAAUUAUAAUAAUAUGAAAAUGCUGUAAAAAAUAAAUAGUUUUUGGUGAAAGAAUCGAAUUGCAUUAAAUUCGAAAACAGAAGAAAACGAAUGCAUAAUUGUAACAAUCUUUAUGUGCUUGUACGUUACUGUAUGUGAAAUGUAUUGUAUUUGUAUUUGUUUUUUACCAAUCAAAAUUAGUAAAAGAAAUGAAAAUCAAGAAGAGAAAACGCAAAAGAGGUGAAUAGUACUAUAUAAUUAUUGUAACAAAGUUUGAAUCCCAAUUUUCGCUUGCGUUUUAAAUUUAUUUGGAUGUAUUUUCUGUUUAUUUAUGAUUUUUCAAUAUUAAACGAUUUUUUUACAGUAAUAUAACCUAUUCCUGAAUAUUGAAGCAACAAUAAGAGAAUUAUUUAAGUAAACCGAUUAAGCGUUUUAACGUA